GCAGCAGGAGAGAGGAGAGGCUAAAGCGAAGUCGAGCGGAGUGUGGAGCAGGAGUGGAGCGAGCGGACAAACUUUUUUGUUUAUUUUCCUAUCGAGUUCCCACCGCCCACCUAUCGAGAUCAACAGAAGAACGCUGCUCCUCUCGCGCCCUGACUGAAACAGUGUCCGAUUCAAGUGGCGAAUCGGCGAACAGGCGUCUGUACGCAAGCUAGCUGUGGAAGUCUCUCGGCUUGAGUCUACUACCUAGACAGCGGUGGCGGCUGUUUCGGUGUCCGCCGCGCUGAACAUGCCAAGAAGCGAGUGAGGAUGGCCAAGAUGCGCUACUCGGAGAUGCCGACCGACUACUCGUGUGACAAUUUGGCCGCCAUGAGGAUCAACGAGGACCAGUUGGAUUCGUGCUGGUCACAGAAGACUAGCCUUCACAAGAUUAUCCCCAUCAGGCGCGACUCGUCAGUCAAUGAGCUGAAACACUUGUCAAUUUACAAAAGCCCCUUUUGCGGCACGCCGGAACUUGAAGUCAACACUAGCGUCAAUUAUCAUUCAAGCUCUUUACCGCGAUGUCCACCAAUUCACAAAUCGCACAGCUUGCCCCGAGGUUGUGAGGAGCGCUGCUGCGAAUCAAUUCAAUUCAAUAUCUUACAAGUGCCACCUGAAGAUUUUGCCAGCCAGUUGACGCGGCUCGACAUGGAAACUUUCAGGUCAAUAAGCCCAGAAGAAUUGAGCAGUUGCGCAUGGAGCAAGAAAAAUAAGCUUCAGGUGGCACCUAACAUAGUAGCUUUCACAAGGAGAUUCAACCAUGUUAACUUUUGGACGGUUGAGGAAGUUUUGUCCGGAGACAGUCCGAAGAAGCGAGCUGAAGUGUUGAGCCACUUUAUCAAAAUAGCUAAGAAGCUGCACGAACUCAACAAUUUGCACUCUCUAUUCGCUAUCAUAUCCUCUCUCCAAUGCGCCUCUGUGUUCAGGCUUGCCAAAACUUGGAGCUAUCUAUCAAAAAAGGAGAGACAGACCUUUGACAAGCUGGCUGACGUAUUCUCGGACAAAAACAACUGGGGCAACCUGCGCGAGCACAUGGAGAGCCUGAAGCUGCCGUGCAUCCCCUAUCUGGGACUCUUCCUUACCGACCUGGUUUAUAUCGACUACGCGCACCCUCACUCUGGCGGCCUUGAAUCGGAACAGCGCCAGCUCAAAAUGAACAACAUCCUGAGGGUGAUUUCCAACUACCAGCAAAGCGACUACUCCCACUUGCAAGCGUUGCCGCACAUCCAGGAGUAUUUGGGCUCCAAGCAGUACAUUGAGGAGCUGCAAAAGUUCAAAGAAGACGACCAAUACAAACGCUCUUUAAAAUUAGAACCGCCAUCACCAGUGCCAAGCUCAUCCUCCUCCAAAGAGUCGGUGAGCGACGCCAUGGCCCAACCAGGCCGCGGCUCCGCUGCCUCGCUCAACAACUCCCCCUCCAGGGGCUCGGGUUCCAUGAGACUCUCCUCUGCGCCCAUCAAGUUUGUGCCUGGCCACCGCAAAUCGCGAAGCUUGGGAACAAAAUUUCGUAGUACAAGUCUACCGCGCAAUUUUCAUAAGCAGGGCGGUUCCCAUCUCUGUUCUGCUCGCCCGAGUUUGGGCACGUGUGUGUUCAGAGCAUGCCACAUGGGGAACCCAGAAGACUGUGGCAUUGAUAAUCCCAGACAUUCGACUGGAGAUCGUCAUCUGUUGGAUGAUUCAUUUAUUGAAGAACAUCUGGAAAUCAGAGAGGAAGAGCAUCAUCUGAAAGAUGACCGGCUCGCUGAAGAUGAAGAUUGCGGCCUUUUGCUUAAGAAUGAAUGUCCACUGAACGAGCUGGGAAUGUCUGUGGAUGAACACUGCCAGAUGCAAGGCCUACUGCGUCGCAAAACUGUUGUAAAAGAAGGCAGAAAGCCCGCCGUUUCUUCCUGGCAGAAACACUGGAUUCAGCUUUGGGGCCACUCACUUCUAUUUUUUGGACCAAAGUCAUUCAAAGGAUUCAGCAAUGACCAUCGGUCAGACUACAAAAGGGAUCCGUGCAAGGCGAAAUCUAUUUUGGGCUGGACCGUGACCAUCAGUGACAACACAGCACAGCCAGACUUUCAGCUAACCGACUCAGCUGGAGGUAACGUUUACAAGUUCAAGGCACCAUCGAGGAGCGAAGCUCUCAAGUGGUACUGUUACCUGCAGCACGCCAUCAAAGGUGGAAAAGAAAAGCCCCUCCCCGCUAAUCUCAUGUCAUUUGAAUGAAGACUGCAUUUAAAGAGAUACAAAAAUGACCCUAUUUAGCCCCUAAAGCUACAAAGGCUGUGUCUGUCCUUAGAACAUAUCUCUUUUGUUGGCUAGCAGUUCGUCAAUGUCUUGCCUUAAAUUCUACACGACACGUCUAGACCAUAGAUCUGCUCAAGAGAUUUCUAUGAUAGAGAACUAGAAUUAACACUUAUAAAAUUCUCAGCUUUGUGUAAAAUUCGUGUACAAGUUAUUAUUAUUUGUGGAUCAUUUUAACCAGUUAAAGUUUUUGCUAGUUUUUGUCUGAUCUUCAGUUAAAUUCUCUUUUGCAAUAACUGUACAACUUUGAAAUGUGUUUUAUCAUUAUCUUUUAAGUAAACUACUAUUUUUUACAUAAUUUUCUCUAUGGGAUUAUUUUGUUAAUAAAAUACCGCGUAAAAAAGCAGGAACAUAAAAA